AUGUCUAUUCUAGCGACUGGUGCCGGAGUUAAGCGUCUUUUUAACUUUGCUCGGGAUGUUUACCACUACCGCCGGGCUACGUCUAAAGAACUCGAUAUCGAGAUAUAUUACUCCGAGGCUAUUAGUGAUACUAAGGAAGACAUCGAGUUGUACCUUAAUAUACCGGUCGUACUACUACUCUUAGAGGUCGCUACUAGAAAGCGGCCGGCGGUCACUUUUGAUAAUAAGGGAGUCUCUAACGUCGAUGAAUUUGCGGAUCUAGAAGAGAACUCGGUAUCACCCUUACCUGAUACGUAG